CUUGGAGCAGAUGGUCGAAAAUGACAUUCUCUGGGUGGAUUCUGGCUUUAUGUCUGGUGGCUUUAAAAGGACAAAGCCAUGCAACACGGGCAGAGGGAGGAGCAGGCAGCGAAAGAAACUGCUCCAUAGUGCCUCCGUACUUGCCUCCAACAGCCACUAACACAACUAGGAGGCUACAUGAACUGAGGGCAGUCAUGAAAACAUACAACAUCUCUGCCUACAUUAUACCUGGAACAGAUGCCCACCUGAGUGAGUACAUUGCCCCUCGAGAUGCCAGGUUGGCCUGGAUGUCUGGUUUCACUGGUUCUUCAGGAACGGCAGUUGUGACCCAAGACAAAGCUGUGUUAUGGACUGACAGUCGCUAUUGGGUUCAGGCUGAGCGCCAAAUGGACUGCAACUGGGAACUGGAACAAGACAUUUCUAUCUACAGCAUCACCAAGAGGCUCAUCAAAGAGCUCAGUGAGGAAGAUAAGGUGGGCUUUGAUCCAUUCCUGUUCUCUGUAGACACAUUUGAUGCCUACAACAACAACCUGGCUCCAGCUAAACGGAUCCUCACAUCUAUUCCUGAUAACCUGGUGGACAAAAUAUGGGCUACACGGCCACCUCUUCCUCCUGAUAACCUCGCACGCUUGCCUGAUGACUUCAUUGAGAGAAGCUGGCAGAUGAAGGUGGAACAGAUACGGGCUCAAAUGAUGAACAAUCCCUACAAGCCUACAGCUGUCUUGCUCUCAGCUCUGGAUGAAACAGCGUGGCUCUUAAACAUGCGUGGUAAUGAUAUCCCCUUCAACCCAUUUUUCUACUCCUACACACUGCUGACUCUCGAUAAGAUAUGGCUCUUUGUGCACACUGAAAGGCUGACAGAAGAAAUUAAGGUCUACCUGAACUCAUCUUGCAACUUGUCUCACUGCGUACAGCUGUUUGAAUAUGAAACUGUCCGAGUGCACCUCGAGAAGUACCUCACAGAGCUCAGUGUGAGAGUGUGGGUGGGCACCAAGUACACUAACCAGGCCCUGUAUGAGCUCAUCACUCCAGAGGAAAAGCUCCUGCAAAGUGAAUACUCUCCAGUGCUGACCACCAAAGCAAUGAAAGACGAGACUGAGCAGAGAAUCCUUAGGGCAGCUCAUAUAAGAGAUGCCGCAGCAGUCAUGCAGCUCCUAUAUCAACUUGAGAAAACUGUCCCUGAGGGCAAGGAGACAGAGCUUACUGCAGCACAACUCGUCAAUAAGUACCGCAGGGGGCCAAGCUUUGAGACCAUUUCUGCAAGUGGACCUAACGCAGCUCUUGCCCAUUAUAGUCCAUCUAAUGAAACUGCAAGAAAGCUGACCACAGAUGAGAUGUAUCUCAUUGAUUCAGGAGGACAGUACCUUGAUGGUACAACUGACAUUACUCGCACCGUGCACUGGGGUUCACCCACUGAUUUUCAGAAGGAGGCCUUCACAAGAGUGCUUAUGGGAAACAUUGAAAUAUCAAGGACCAUUUUUCCUGCAGGAACUAAAGGUGUCAACAUGGAGAUGCUAGGGCGCAGAGCAUUGUGGGAAGUCGGACUAAAUUAUGGUCAUGGUACAGGUCAUGGUGUUGGAAACUACUUUGGGGUUCAUGAGUGGCCUGUUGGUUUUCAGUCUAAUAAUGUUCCAUUCCAGCAAGGCAUGUUCACAUCCAUUGAACCUGGCUACUACAAAGUGAAUGAAUUUGGCAUAAGGAUUGAGGAUGUUGCCGUUAUUGUUCCAACUAAAACAAUGUAUGGCAAUAAUUAUCUGACAUUCGACACUGUGUCACUGGUCCCCUAUGACAGAAAAUUGAUUGACACUUCUAUGCUCAGCCCUGAACAGCUCCAAUGGCUAGACACAUACUACCUGACCAUUCGGUCUAGAAUGGGUCCAGAGCUGAAGAGGCAGGGCCUGACAGAGGUCUACGAUUGGAUGAUGGUCAAUACAGAGCCAUUCCUGAAGACAGGGUCCUCGGCUGCUGUCCCCUCGAUCUCACUACUGCUGCUAUUUCUGCCUAUAGCGUUACUGUAGAAUCACCUUUGAAUGUCCCACAUCGUAACUGUAGAAUCACCUAAAAUUGUCCCACAGUUUUAUUAUAAUGUCUGCUAAACAUUGUCAGAAAUUACUCACAUAAAGCCAUCAAAUCAUUCCUACAAGUCUGUCUACAUCUUGCUCAUUUCCACUUCUUCACCCUUUUUUGUAAUAUUGACAAACAGCCUAAUUGAAACAGGUGAAUAAAAAUGUCUACUAAGGCUGAAUGAAACAUAGACUUUUUAUGUCUUUAAACGCACAGUAUAAAAGCACCGUAAUUUAAAUUCACUUUUGAGCAGUGACAGGAGGCAAGAAAAACUGAUGACUCAUAACUAAAAAAGCCGAUUCAGUAUCUCCUGAGUAUAUUUAGCAUUUAACCUACCAUGAUAAUCAACAGAAAUGUAUGUGCAUGUUAGAUAUUUUCCAGUGCAGAAGACCUAGGCUUUUGUUCUUGUUGCUGUUCUAAUCUAAAAUCAACUGCCAUUCUGUGUAUGUGUGUGAUGAAGUUGUGUGUAGUUUAUACUAAUCAUACUAAUCACUAAUGAUUUGAUAACUUAUUAAAAUAAGCGUACUUAAAAUCUG